AUGCCAAACUAUUCUAAGACGCUCACCGGAAUAAGAGGAACAAGAGGGUAUGUUGCACCAGAAUGGCACAAGAAUUUGCCCAUCUCUGUAAAAGCAGAUGUGCAUAGCUUUGGUGUUGUACUCUUGGGAAUCGUAUGUUGCCAGAGGAGCACUGAUAUUGAUGCCCCUGAUGAUGAAGUUGUUCUUGUAGACUGGGUGUACAACUGCUUCAAGUCCAAUGAAGUACAUAAGCUGGUUCCUGAAGAAGUUGAUGCAGAAAGCUUGGAAAGGAUGGUGAGGAUCGGGCUUUGGUGCAUUGAAGAGGAGCCAGCCAGCAGCCCGUCCAUCAAUGAAAAAGGUGAUUCAGAUGUUGGACGGCUUAGUAGAAAUACCCAUUCCACCAUGCACUCGUUCUUCACUUCAGAAUUAAGCAUGCUUUGGUUCGUUGUGGGAGCACCAUCUCUUCCAUUUUCUGCUCCUCUUCAAAGGGUUUUUACUUCCACCUCGGAAGUUGGAACAACUAUGUCGAUCAUUGCUUCUACAAUUCUUUUUCUUUAUGCGGUUUCAGUGGCAACUGCUCAACAAAAAAACUUCAACUUGACCCAAGGCUCUUCUCUAUCUCCCGGUGGCAACUCAUUCUUGCGCUCGCAAUCCAGCCUUUUCGCCUUUGGGUUCUUUCCUUUUGGCGAUGGUUAUUCAAUAAGCAUAUGGUUUGAAGGAAUUCCACAGAAAACUGUCGUCUGGACAGGCAACCGGAAUGACCCUCCACUCUCCCGCAAUGCCAACAUUGUUUUUACUAGUGAUGGUAGGCUCGUCAUGCAGGAGUUGGGAAACCCAGAAAAAUCCCUUGCCAACGCUACACAGCCUGCUGUGGUGGCUUCUCUGCUCGACUCUGGCAACUUUGUCCUCUAUGAUUCGAAUUCAACAAUUAUAUGGCAAAGUUUUGAUUACCCAACGGACACCCUUUUGCCUGGCCAACUCCUACGAGCUGGGAGUGAGCUCGUUUCUAGCAAUUCUGAGACCAAUCACUCGAAUGGAAUCUUCCGGAUCAAGACGCAGAAUGAUGGGAACAUUGUGAUGUUUCCAGUCGGUUUUCCUGACACUAAACAUUAUGCUUAUUGGGCAGCAGGUACAUUUUCUAUUGGGGAUAAUGCAGCGCUGACGCUGGAUGGAAAUGGGCACCUAUACAUGCUCAAUAGUACUGGUGUCAACGUAAGCAACAUUACCGACGAAAGGAUUCCAUUUGAUGGGAAGAGCUACCGUGCCACAAUUGAUAACGAUGGGAUAUUCCGCUUAUAUUCCCACGACUUGGGUGAGAGUGGGAAUUGGUCGAUCGAAUGGUAUGUGCCAGGAGAUAACUUCACUGCAGAAACUUGUUCAUCCAAGAAUGAACAUACCAAGUACGUUAUUCAAGAAUUGGAAAAUACUAUUUUGGACGAUAGCGCAUACGCUUUUUUGUCCCCUGUCACGAAAGAAGAAUGCAAACAGGCCUGUUUAGAGGACUGCAACUGCGAAGCUGCUUCCAUUAUGAACCAACAAUGCAUAAAACAAAAGCUUCCAUUGACAUUUUGGAGAAGCCUGCAAGCGGGUGGCUAUUCAACUGCAACAUUUGUCAAAUUUGGCAUCGGCAUCGACGGUAUGGUUCCUAAACAUUUAGAAAACAAGAAAAUAUUGGGAAUGGAUAUCUUAAUCAUUGGUGUUGCAUGUCUAGCUUUCGCAUCGAUCCUCCUUGCAGUUUUCGCUAUUCUUAUAUUCAGAUAUAGAAUUUGGACAUACAAAAGGCUCUCUCGAGAAGCAGCAAAUGAAGGAAUAUUGAUGGAGGAUGUCUCUUUGCGAGCAUUUACAUAUAGUGAACUCGAAGUUGCAACAAAUGGCUUCGUGGAACAAUUGGGUAGAGGCUCUUUUGGGACUGUCUUUAAGGGAACCUUAUCAAACGGGCAGAGGACCAUUGCCGUCAAGAGACUGGAGAAAGUGGUGGCCGAAGGAGAAGGAGAAGAAGAAUUCCGAAAAGAGAUGAGGUCUAUUGGACGAACCCACCAUAAAAACCUUGUCCAGUUGCUCGGUUAUUGCCACGACGGUUCCAAUCGGCUUUUGGUGUACGAGUACAUGAGCAACGAAACACUCGCCGACUAUCUCUUCAAAUCCCAAGUAAAGCCGAAUCGGGAGGAAAGAAUCAAAAUCGCUUUGAAUAUAGCUAGAGGGAUCCUAUAUUUACACGAGGAAUGUGAGACCCAAAUCAUCCAUUGUGACAUAAAUCCCAACAAUAUACUGAUGGACGAACAUGGGCGUGCCAAAAUUGCGGACUUUGGAUUGGCAAAACUAUUGAUGCCAGACCAUUCUAAGACGCUCACUGGAAUAAGAGGAACAAGAGGGUAUAUUGCACCAGAAUGGCACAAGAAUUUGCCCAUCUCUGUAAAAGCAGAUGUGUAUAGCUUUGGUGUUGUAUUCUUGGGAAUCGUAUGUUGCCGGAGGAGCACUGAUAUUGAUGCCCCCGAGGAUGAAGUUGUCCUUGUAGACUGGGUGUACAACUGUUUCAAGUCCAGUGAAGUACAUAAGCUGGUUCCUGAAGAAGUUGAUGCAGAAAGCUUGGAAAGGAUGGUGAGGAUCAGGCUUUGGUGCAUUGAAGAGGAGCCAGCAGCCCGUCCAUCAAUGAAAAAGGUGAUUCAGAUGUUGGAUGGCUCAGUAGAAAUACCCAUUCCACCAUGCGCUCGUUCUUCACUUCAGAAUUAG